UGCGUACGCGGAUUGCGUACUGACAGCUAGUAUUUGUCGCUAGAUUUGCGACAUUGAUUUUAUUUUUAUUUAUCUCCCCCUCCCCCGAAAAAGAAAUGAAAUCUCUUAAUCCUAAAAAAAUGAACCUUUAGGUUAAAAAAUAUCCGCGUCUGCCGAUGGAAAUCGUCAGCGCUGUGUACAUAUCAUUAUUUCUUGCUAUGAUUUGCUCGGGGUAGCUGCACAGGCUAGGCUAAGAUGAUAGUUGACAUCAGUGCGUUUGUAUAGCGGGGUUAGCUUAGCUGGUUUGGAUUAGCCAGUUUGCGUAUUUCUGCUGUCAUUUAACGCACGUUAAUAAAAUAAUGUUAGAGAUGCGUUAUUAGUAUUAUUAUAUUGCACCGUGAUAUGGUGUUUACUCUUGCGUUGCUAGCUGGCUAACUGCGGUCUGUCAUCCGUCAGACAUAGCGUUAGCAAUAACACCGUUAGCUCGCUGAAUGACCGAAAUUGCAGUCGAGCUGAAAUAGGCAAGAAAAACACCUCCAGCUUUCUGUCUCCAUCUCACUGGAAAUGGUUUAAGGUCGGGAAAAAGAUGUGUUCUUGUUUUCCUCAGGGGUUUAUCUGAGUGUUUUUAUUUUUUUUGCCUGGUUUAAAUAGCUAGAUAUAGCUAACAACAGAUAACUGGAAACAGAUGUUUGGAGAAGCGUUAUUACCAUAAAUGCUAUAAUAUAAGACGCCGUGAAUUAUAUGUAUAGGAUUAUAUAACGCUAUAGACACAAUGGCUCUCCAGGCCCCUGAGGCAGUCUCAGAUUCACAUUAGAAGGGGGCUUCAGGUCUAUUAUCCAGCUCAUAAACGCAGCUGGAGCCCUGUGAUUUCAUUUAUUUAGGUUAUCUGAUAACCCAGUCCGGUCACGAUUUGGUGUCUCAGUCAAGAAUCUCAGCAUGAAGAAGUUCUUUGACUCUCGGAGGGAGCUGGUUAGUGUUGGUCCUGGUUCUGGAGGUGGAGGAGGAUCCGGCGGAGUCGGUGGGAACUUCAUCGGCCGGACCUUCGUCAUCGGACAUCAUCAGGUCACCGUGGAGGAAACCCUCGCUGAAGGUGGAUUUGCCAUCGUGUUUUUGGUCCGGACCAAUCAGGGUGUCCGAUGUGCGCUGAAGAGGAUGUACGUGAAUAACGAACACGACCUGCAGGUGUGUCGCCGAGAAAUACAAAUCAUGAGGGAUCUCUCAGGCCAUAAGAACAUCGUGGGCUACGUGGAUUCUAGCGUGACGGCUGUAGGAAGCGGUGACGUUUGGGAGGUUCUUAUCCUCAUGGACGUAUGUAAAGGCGGUCAGGUGGUGAAUCUGAUGAACCAGCGUCUGCAGACGGGAUUCACAGAGACAGAAGUGUUGCAGAUUUUCUGUGAUACGUGUGAAGCUGUAGCUCAACUGCACCAAUGUAAAACUCCCAUAAUCCAUCGGGACCUGAAGGUGGAGAACAUCCUGUUGCACGAUCAGGGUCAUUAUGUACUGUGCGAUUUCGGCAGCGCUACCAAGAAGUUCCAAAACCCCCAGAGUGAUGGAGUGACAGUUGUGGAAGAAGAGAUCAAAAAGUACACCACUCUCUCAUACCGAGCUCCUGAGAUGGUGAACCUGUAUAACGGUAAACUUAUCACAACCAAAGCAGAUAUCUGGGCUCUGGGCUGCUUGCUGUAUAAGCUGUGCUUUUUCUCGUUGCCCUUCGGAGAGAGUCAGGUGGCUAUAUGUGACGGGAGCUUCACCAUCCCGGAUAACUCGCGGUAUUCCUACGACAUGCACUGUCUGAUCCGCUACAUGCUGGAGCCGGAUCCGGAUAAACGGCCUGAUAUCUAUCAGGUGUCUCACUUUGCUUUCCGACUCGCUCGACGUGAAUGUCCUGUCCAAAACACACAGAAUUCCCCUCUUCCCAACAAGCUCCCUGAGCCAAUAAGAGCAAGUGAGGCAGCAGCAGCAAAGAAGAGCCAAACACAGACCAAGGCCAGGCUUACAGAUCCAAUUCCAACUACUGAGACAUCCAUCACGCCACGUCAGAGGCCCAAAGCUGCUCAGGCUCAGCCAAUAGGAGGCGUCCUGCAGAUCCAACCUGCUGCACUCACACCACGCAAGAGAGGUACACCUAUACACUCAGCUGUGAGCGUGAAUUUAGCUCAGCCAGCUGCGGCGCUGCAGUCCCAGAUCACACACUCCUCUAACCAGCCUCAGCACAAACAGCCUGUGCAGCCAAUCCCAGUCUCGACACCCGUAUCCGGAAGUGUAACUCCGCCAGUGACAAGCCCCGCCCCUCUAGCAACAACUCCUGCUCCUCAGAAAACCACACCCACUCCGUCAAGUCCGGUUCCACCUACUGCUCCAGCUCGUAGUGCCAAGCGCAAACAACAACAACAGCAGCAGCAGCAGCCACCACCACAACAACAAAAACAGCCACCUCUUGCAGCACAGCCACUUGAAGCCACACCUACACCCACGCCCCCUGUCCAGCCCACUGCUGGGGAAAUGCCUACCACUUUGGGCCUCUCCCAAACCCCGCCCUCUUCCCCACGGACCCAGAAGGCAGGGCAUAGACGCAUCCAGAGUGAUGUCACCCACAGUGCAAUGGUUGGUGUGUCUGCAAGCCAGUCAACGCAGCAGCUACAGGCCGCUACAGCCGAGGCGAACCUCAACAAAUCCAAGUCAGCCAGCGCCACUCCAUCCAACUCGCCACAGUCUUCCCAGCAGAGUGUGUAUGAAUCUGGUCAGCAGUGUGGAGCCACCACUUCCAUCCCAAAUCUUCUCACCACUUCUGCUCAAAGUCUUGCCACCUCUUCUGCCCCAAGUCUGAGCACACCUACUGCUCCGAGCCUUGGCACCACAGCUGCUUCGAGUCUCAGUGCCCUGGACCAGCCGUCCUGGAACCCCUUCGGAGACGACAACUUCUCCAAACUGACUGCUGAGGAACUGCUUAACAAAAACUUCAGCAAACUCUCCAAAGAAACUGCAGAGCCUCCGAGCAUUUGCACAGAGGAACUUCUCCCUGGACUGGACUCUGUUGAACCCAUUACUCAGCCUUCAGCUGAACGACCUGCUGAUAUUCUGGGCUUGGAUUCAGGUGCCGAUUUACUGGCAGUACCAGAAAAGCUAAUAGAAGGUCUCAAGUCUCCAGACGCAUCUCUCAUGCUGCCGGACCUCCUGUCCAUGUCUGACCCAUUUGGCAGUUCUGUAGAGGACAUGAGAGAUGGAAGUGCUGAGGUGUGUGUGGACUCUCUGAUUCCUGGACUAGAGGCUCCUCAGGUUCAUCCUGUCCAGACAGACGCAGUAAGGACAGACACUUUGAGUGGAGAAGACUCUCUACUGGGCAGUCCUUUCUCCUCUGGCCCCGCCCCCUGUCUAGAUGAAUUUGCACCCUUGUCCGGAGGAUCUGUCCACCACAGCACGACAGACUCGACAUGCCUGAUCUCUGGCUUUGAGCCGCCGGGUUCGGACAAAAGCGCAGAUGACGAGUUCGACCCGAUCCCAGUGCUUGUCUCCAAAACCUCUCAAGGUGAGCCAAUCAGCAUGAACGGUUACGUACCUGAUGCUGAGGAACGAGACGAAGAGAAGGAGGAAGCUUUCACUAGCGUCCCCUCCGUGGAUGUUUUCUCCCUCGCUCCUUUCCCUUCCAGGCAGCAAGACGUUUUCCUCCAGGCUCCGUUUGGGCCGCGUAAAAAUGUUUCCGUGCCGCAGCAGCCGAUUACAGCGAACUAUGCGUUAUCCAAUGCUGGACAGCAGCCAAUCACGCCACACAGUGCCGGCCCACGUCCAAUCACGGGGCACCAUGCUGUCGCCGCUGUCGGGCAGCACCCAAUCAACAUGCCCCAUGUAGCACACCAUGUCUUUUCCAGUGUCAAAGAGCAGCCAGUGACAGCGCACCGUGUAGUGUCCAGUGUGGGACAGCAGCCAAUCACAGCGCACCGUGUUGUGUCCAGUGUGGGACAGCAAGCUGCGGUUGGCUCUGUCUCUGUUGGGCCACUUUAUUCCUGGACUUUAGACGUCAGAACAUCAGUUCAUCCCAGGUAUCAUCAGGAGAAGCCUUAACGUCCUACACACAGUGUGUUUCUAUCCAGAUAUUUUCCAAAGCCAUGUGAGCUAGCAAAGAUUUGCAGGCGUAAAGGCCUGUUUACAGCAAACAUGAAUCAACUGAAUUAUGGUGUUUGUUUUACAGAGAUGGUGCCAGCUGGAGCGCUCGGUUCUCUCCGAAAUCACGUGUUUGUUUGUUUUUUUUUAGUGUAUCAGGAUAUAUAUGCGACAUGUUCAGACAGACAUCAUAUCAACAUGUCAGGUUCGAGAGUUUCCGUGAUUCUCUGACAUCAUCAGCAUUAAGUCGUGUUUGUGUAAAUGUGUUUUAAAGGGAAUGCUGUGGAAGUGAUUAUUACCAGGUACCUGACUACAUAAACAGAAGCGUACAGUUCAGGUACAGUGAUGUAGGACGUGUAGGAGGCCACGACUACCUUCUUCCUCUCUGCAGCACUUUAUUUCCUCUCUACGUCUCAUGUAAACCUCCAGAUCUAAAGGAUUGCGAGUAUUUAUGCAGUUUUAGAAAUAGCGCCUCUAGUAUACUUCUUUUUUCCGACAGGUUUUUAUCGCUUAUCCGCAUUAACCACAGCAGUAUUUAGACCUAUACUCAACGUCAAAAUGAAGGAGAAUUUGAAGGAUCAUAUUAAACUUGAAAAUAAAAAUUCGAAGGUAAAAUGUAAAAACACAUUUCAUUAUUAAUCUGCGUCUUUAACCACAAAGCUGCCUUUCAUCAUAAUGUCAUGCAAAAACACAGGAAUGUUUCUUUCUGAUUGCAAAUCCAGCUCCCCUGGCUACACCCUUCAGCUCUCAUGAACCAUUCCCCUGGUUCCACCCCUCAGCUCUCUUAAAGCAUUCCCUGGCCCCACCCCUCAGCUCUCCUGAGCCAUUACCCUGACCCUGACCCUUAGCUCUCCUGAGCCAUUACCCUGGCCCCGCCCUUCAUCUCUCCUAGGCCAUUCCAUUGGCCCACCUCUCAGUUCUCCUGAACCAUUCCCCCGGCCCCACCCUUCAGCUCUCCUUAACCAUUCCCUGGGCUCUACCCUUCAACUUUCCUGAGCCAUUCCCUUGGAUCUGCCAUUCAGCUCUCCUGAACCAUUACCCUGGCCCCGCCCUUCAUCUCUCCUAGGCCAUUCCCCUGGCAUCACUCCUCAACUCUUGGUAUCUAUUCUUUUGGUCCCACCCCCUAAUAUAUCUCAAGCCAUUCUCUGGCCUCCUGCUUCAGUUUUUCAGCAUCAUUACACUGACCCCGCCCCUCAACACUUGGUAGCUAUUUUUCCAGAUCCACCUCCUAAUCUGCCUGAAUCCUCCCUGGCCCCAUCCCUCAGUACUUACAGCAUCAUUCUCCUGGCCUCACCCCUCAGUACUACAGCUUCAUUCUCCUGGCCCCACCCCUCACUACUACAGCAUCAUUCUCCUGGCCCCACCCCUCAGUACUACAGCAUCAUUCUCUUGACCCCACCCCUCAGUACUACAGCAUCAUUCUCCUGGCCCUAACCCUCAGUACUACAGCAUCAUACUUCUAGCCCCACCCCUCAGUACUGCAGCAUCAUUCUCAUGGCCCCAUCCCUCAUAACUACAGCAUUAUUCUCCUGGCCCCACCCCUCAACUCUUUGUAACUAUUCCUCUGGACACACCUCCUCAAUAUUCUGGAGCCUUAGCUCCACUCCAUAUUUGCCUGGAGCCAAUCCCCUGUCCCCGCCUCUCAGCUUUCUGGAGCCAUUUAGCUUUAUAACUGUAAUAUAGGUACUGUACUCUUAAAAUUCAUCAGCAAUCUUUCAAAUCUGGUUCGUGAACUUAAGAAAACCAAUUCAUAAGAUUAUCUUUCACUGUCAUUUAUAUAUAUAUGUGAAUAUUUAAGUAGGAUAAAAUUACAUCUCAGAUGUAACCAAGCUUCACAUUCAGUUCUGUAGUAUCAAUGUCUCAUUAACGUGCUUUGCAAAAGAAAGCUCUGUAAAUCAAAAUGCAAGCAGGAAAAUUCAAUGUAUUCUGCAAACUACUUAAACUACAUGAAUGCAGUAAUGUCAGCGAUUGCAAGAGAAGACGGCAGGAGUUCAGAUGUUAAAUAAGGCAGAGCAGGAAGAGUGGGGAAAGCAGUGAGAACACCAUUCAAGGUGUAAUGUUGAGAUAAUGCCAAGUUAUAUAGCUCUUUUUUGAACUUCUAGGAUUUUUAUAUCUUCAUUUUUUUUGCCUUCAAUUUUAUCAGAUUGUCAAGUUUGUCAGAGAACGGAUUAUUAUUAUUAUUUUUUGUAAACAUGAAGUUGCUGUACUGUUUAAAGACGGAGGGGUAUUCUGAAUUGCUUCUGUGAGGCUUCACUCCUGCUUCUCCUGCAUCGUUCAUUGGCAGCGUAUACAUCUCCCGUCAGGGUCUGCUGGCUUUCCGAAAUGUUCCGCUUCCACUCUCGCGUCACUUACGGUUUAAGUGUCUCAGAGUGAAAGCUGCUGCAUCAGCACAGGCUCGAAAGGACGUCGAUUCCUUUCACACAUAAUGGAGUAAACGCACCGAUCCAAGAUCAUUAAUAAAACGAAACUGCUAAUCA